UUGCACGCAUCACAACCCAUAAUUACUUCAUAUCAUCCCACAGCUUUCACAGAAAAUAAUGGAAGAGCCGGAAACUCCAACCGCCUUCUCCGCCGCGUCGGCGGCGGCGGCGAUGAGCCAUGAAACAGCCAUGUUUUCCGACGACAUCGACAGCAGUUGCUCCACUCCGUAUGUUAGCGCCCCCUCCAGCCCGGGCCGCGGCCAACCUCACUGUGGAUUUUACUACAGUGCUCCCGCUAGUCCCAUGCACUUCGUGCUUUCCACCUCUAGUCUCAUUUCCAGCGCUUCUGUUCACUCUGAGGCGGCGGCGGCGGCGAAUUCCUCCUUUGAAUUCGACUUCUCUUCCAGGUUGGCCGGCGAGGGAGAUGCCUGCGCUGGAUCUAUGAGCUCCGCCGACGAGUUGUUCUUCAACGGCCAGAUCCGGCCGAUGAAGCUUUCCACGCAUCUCCAGCGCCCGCAAGUCCUGGCGCCGCUGCUUGAUCUCGACGAAUCGGAGGAGGUGGAUAUGGAUGGCGGCGAGGAACAGGCGUGUAGGGGGAGGGAUUUGAAGUUCCGCGAUAGAUCUUUGCGCCGGAGGACCCGAUCCAUGUCGCCGCUCCGAACCGGUUCGUUCCAGUGGGACGAGGAUUUCGAGGACAAUGGAGAACGGAAACCUAGCAAUGAGAAGAAAGAGAAAUGUAAUGAGGGGGAAGUUAAGCACGAAGAUGAGGCCAAUGAAACGACGCCGUGCAAUUCCGGAUCCUCUUCGCGGUCCUCUUCUGUCGGGAGGAGCUCCAAGAGAUGGGUGUUCUUAAAGGAGUUUCUCUACAGAAGCAAGAGCGAAGGCAGGAACAAUCCCCACAAGUUCUGGGGAGCUUUAUCGUUUUCUCCAGUGAAGGAGAAGAAAAUGGGAGGAGCCAUUAAAACUCCUCCACCCAGCGCCGCCGCCGCCGCGGAUGCGCCGGCGACCAGCACCGUCGCUUCAGAUGUGAAGAAACCAAAACCUGCGAAAGAGGCGAGGAAGAAACCGGUGAACGGAAACUCAGCCGCCACCGGGAAAAGGAGGGUGCCGCCGUCGCCUCACGAGCUGCAUUACACGGCGAAUCGGGCGCAGGCGGAGGAGAUGAGGAAGAAGACAUUCUUGCCGUACCGGCAAGGCUUGCUGGGUUGCUUGGGGUUUAGCUCAAAGAGUUAUGGAGCCAUGAACGGUCUCGCUAGAGCAUUGAACCCCGUCUCUUCAAGGUAAACUUGUAAAGUAAAUCUAAAAGAUUACCACUAUUAAUGUAUAGAGAGAUUUUUCACCUUCCUUUAUUUCAUUUUUCUUGCUUUUGGUAAUGUUUUCCAGUGAUUGUGAUGUCUAUUUUAAGAUGUACCAACUGAUGGGAACUUCUCUUUAGAUUGGAAAGAGAAGUUUUCGAUCCAUCUGCUUAAUCAUGGAUUUGGUUUAGUACUUGUGUAGCCAUUCAUGGAAAUCUAUGAAAUUUCUUGAAUCCUUAUUACCUCA